AUGUUGGAGAUGCCUAUAGAUCAAGCAAUUCAACUUUUCAGUAGGCAUGCCUUUAGAAGUGAUACUCCUCCAGAAGGUUGCUACAAUUUCUCGAAAGAAGUCGUUUCAAGCAUAGGAAGGCUUCCUUUGACUUUGGAAGUUGUGGGUUCUCGUUUUGCCAAUACAUUUAGAUCAGAGUGGGACGAAACAUUGGAGGACUUAAAGCAAGUGCCACAUAGGCGCGUAAGAAAAACACUGAUGAUGAGUAUCAAGAGAUUGGAUGACAUAGAAAAAGCCAUAUUCCUAGACAUAGCAUGUUUUUGCAUAGGGGAGGAUAAGACUUAUGCGGAUUACAUGUGGCGUAGUAGUGGAUAUUCUCCACGCAGCGCAAUUGAUGUUCUUCUGCUCAUGUCAUUGAUAAAGAUCGAUGAGUUCAAUAGGUUCUGGAUGCAUGAUGAAGUUCGAGAUCUAGGAAGGUACAUUGUCAAGGAAGAGAAUUUUGAAGAUGCCGGAGAGCGCCGUUGGGUGCGGAUUGAUGAGAAUACUCUAGACAUGCAAAGCUGCAACAAGGAAAAACAAGCUGUACGAGCACUCAGUUUGGAUAUUAGUUAUGAGUUAACAGCCGAAGAAUUAGCCUAUUUGCCAAUGCUGAGCGACAAAUCUUCAACUGGUGAAUUUGGUUGUGCUCAACCUUUCGAGGAGCAUGAUCACUCACAAUUGGGGUGGAUGGAGGCAAAUCAAGAUUUUUCCAACUUCCAGAGCUUGUCAGUUAUCUCUAUCAGCGGUUGUUUAACGCCACGUGUGCCCAAUCUAUCGCGCUUGAAGAGGUUACAAGAGUUACGACUUCAUGAGUUCCCCAAACUAGAGGAGAUUCCAGGUUUGGGGGAAUUGGAAUCACUGAAGUUUCUACAAAUUAGCGAGUGCAGUGGGAUUGAACAAUUGUCUGACCUGUCAAAGUUGAUAAAGCUAAGGCAUCUUGAGCUAUUAUAUUGUAGAAAGUUGAGAGCUAUCGAAGGUUUUAAAGAAUUGAAUUCUCUAAAGAAUGUGAAGAUUAUAGAUUGCAUGUCCUUAGAAAGCUUGCCCAAUGUGCCGACAUUCACCAAGUUGGACAUGGACUGGAGGUUGCGUCGAGAAGCUGCAAAACUCACCAUUCAGUCUACUAUAUUGGGGAAGCGAAUGCGACGUCGGAACUUGCAAAACUUGAAGUAG